AUGUCAUACUAAGUGCUAAUGCCUAGGUCUUAAGACCAUUUCCCAGAUAAUUAGUAAAUUGAAGACUCGUCAAAAGAAGAAUAAGUAGAAAAUAAUGAAGAUCCUCAAGUACCUAAUAAUUAUCCUUCUAUUCUUGUUUAAGUUAAAUAAUUAGGACCUACUAAAAUUAUUUUGACAAAAACCACAUGUCUAUACAAAUAAUAGAAUAGCUGUGAAGCAUGGGGUAAAAAUAGCAAUUCGUCAGAUAAUUUUGAAACUGGAAGUUAGAGUGACAAAGAAGUGAUCCUUUAACGAUUUAAUAUGGGUUCUUCGCCUUAGAUUGAACCGAAUUUGGAGAUGUUGAUAGAAGGUUAUGUAGACCAGUCUUAAGUAUUUUACAAUAAUAAGUAGUAAAAUUCUAAAGUUAUAGACUCAAAUUCGUUAUAAAAAAUAGAUAAACAUAGAAGUACACGAAUCAAAGAAGAGGUGAAAUACUUUCCUGGAGCAACCCAUAAUAUAUACAAAGCUUUCCAUGGAGGGUUGAUAUGGUUUAUGAAGGUUUUACCAGAAGAUAUUAAAUUUACUAAAGAGGCUGAGAACUUUUUGAAUACCCCUAAAAAUCGUCUUGGAAAAAUUCGACUUUCUAAUUCUAUUAAAAUGUGCUCACAAAUUAGAAGCUUUGCAAAUGAAUUUUUUUGCAAUUAUUAAUGGACCAGAUAUUUUUCAAAAAAUAAUAAAAUCGAUUUGGAUAGCUGUUUCAGAUUGUGCCCAUUGAUAAUUGCUUAAAUUUUAGAAUGA